GCAAGGUCACGUGAUCCGCCUAAAGGGAGAGUAGUAGUAAAGUUUUUAUGAGUGUACUCUCCAACACAAGUCUCAGGUCACUGCACAGGAUGGAUGAAGAUGAGAGAGAUCCCCCAGCAGUACUGGACGUCACUUCAGUAUCUCUAAAUAGAGAGCAGGAGCCUCUCCUGAACACUUCUAGUGGCUACAACAAGCACUCACCAGGAGGAACCUCCUGGAAAGAAAGAGCUAAAGAAUUCUGUUAUGGAGGACUGAGAGGGAGAGCCUGUUUCCCUCAGUAUCCCUCGUACGAGCUGGUUGAGAACUGUCCCUGUAUCUUCACUCCAUUCCAUUACUUUAUUAAGGACAGACUCCCAAUCAUCGGUUGGAUAAGGAGGUAUACUCUUAGACACUUGAUAUCUGACAUAAUCGCUGGACUGGCAGUCGGUCUAAUGGUCGUACCACAAGCCAUAGCCUACGCUGGUAUAGCAGGACUGCCGCUACAGUAUGGGCUCUACUCAUCAUACAUGGGAGUGGUAGUGUACAUGUUCUUUGGCACCAGUAAAGAUGUUACUCUUGGCCCAACGGCCAUCAUGUCACUACUGACAGCUUCAAUAAUUGGAUCCAGCGACGGGUCAGGAGAAGAGAAGGUUCCCUUAGCGAUCCUCUUGACACUCCUCUCCGGUAUGGUCCAGUUUAUCAUUGGAAUGUUGAAUUUAGGGUUCCUCAUUGAUUAUAUUCCCCUCCCAGUCAUCAGUGGAUUCACAUCAGCAGCUGCCAUUACUAUUGGCUUUGGACAAGUUAAGUCCUUAUUAGGAAUUACUAAACAUGUCCGUCGUCCAUUCAUUCAUUGUGUCUACGAUACCUUCAGAUACAUCUCCCACUGGAGACCUUGGGACUUUGCUUUGGGAACUGUUUGCAUUAUAAUCGUAAUAUUUCUAAAGUAUUUCAAGUCACACAAUGAAAGGAUCUUUAGUAAAUUGGAAGAGACAAAUUCUUCAAAACUUUAUCACAAAAUAGCUCACAAGUUCCUUUGGAUACUGUGCACAGGUCGUAAUGCUGUCAUUGUUAUAUUAGCUGGUCUCAUUGGUUUUUCUAUUGCUGAGUCUUAUGGCUCUAAGGAUCAGGACUUUCUGUCACUCGUUAACUAUACAAAGGAUGAUGGAAUAGAACUACCUCCUGUAUUUAUACCAGCAUUAACUAUUGCAAAUAUUAAAAUAUUAGGUACAGGUAUCAUCAUAGCACCUUUUAUUGGAUUCCUUGAAAGUAUUGCUAUCUCUAAAGCAUUUGCUCGUCAGAACAACUACCUCAUCAACCCAACCCAAGAGCUGAUAGCUCUGGGCCUCUCUAAUGUCGUCAGUUCAUUCUUUGGGUCUUAUCCAGUCACUGGGAGCUUCUCAAGGACGGCAGUUAAUUCUCAAAGUGGUGUCAAAACUCCAGCAGCAGGAAUAGUGACUUGUGUUGUUGUCCUGUUAGCUGUUAUUGUUUUUUCUCAAGGAUUUGAUUACAUUCCUAAAACCUCCUUAGCUGCCAUCAUCAUAUCAGCAGUAGUGUUCAUGAUCGACUUUAAAAUACUCUACAAGAUAUGGACAAUGAAAUUAAUAAUGGAGAACAUUCCUUUACUGGUUUCAUUCCUUGGUACAUUAGUCUUAGGUAUUGAGUAUGGUGUUCCCGUGGCAACCGUUCUCUCUCUAUCCAUCCUGUUGUACAGGCACGGACGGAUCAGACAUGAUGUAAUAGUGAAAGGGAAUGAAAUCAUUGUCACGUUUAAUGGCGGGUUGACUUACCCUGGCUCUGAAUAUGUAUGGAAGAGAAUUAGAAAUGAAAUUAAUGAACUCUCACAAUCGCUCCCUGAAGGAGAGAUGGUAACCAUGGUAACGUUUGAGUGCAGUUCAAUGCCUGAGAUUGAUUAUACAGUAGUUGAGGGAUUAAGGAUUGGUUGCAAUGAGUUGAAGGAUAAAAGCAUUAAUGUGAGGCUGGUUCAUGUCCAGCUCCAUCUCUUAGACACUUUAAAAAGAGCAAGACUACCAAAUUUACACAUAACUGCUAGUAUUGAAGAAGCUUAAAUGCAACUUUACCUUAAAAUUUGUUAGCGAAAUAUUUAUUAUAAAAAUAAUUUAUUGCUGUUGCUAAUAU